GUUGGUUUGAAGAUUAGCAUACUGUAUACGUGAUAGUCAUUUUGAAAUUUCAAUUCGCUAGCCGACGCGGCUAAGUUCUGCACUUGUUAAUUCCUUUCUUCCAUGCAAAAGAUGGCUAGGAACGAGAACGUUCCGCAAAUCGGAUCUGAGCACGAGUACAGAGGUAUAAGAUAUCCCAACGUCGUCCUGGAUUCCAGUAUCGACCGGAUAAAAACAUUUCAAGUGCGAGAAGAUGACAUCUGGGUUGUGACAUAUCCUAAAUCAGGAACCCACUGGAUGAUGGAGAUCGUUGGUCUUAUCCUUAGCGAUGGGGAUCCAGAUCAAAUCAAUCGAUCCCUCUACUCAUCCCCCGCAGAAAUGAUAUGUACGGAUCAAGAUUUUCCCACUUCUAAGGAGGAAGAAAAGUUACAUCCUCUAGACAUGUCUCCAUUCUUGGAUGUCAUUGAAAAAGCGCCCUCUCCCAGGGUCAUUGUGAGUCACCUGAACUUUGACCUUCUGCCUCAAGACCUACUGAAGGCCAAGGUUGUUUACGUUGCCCGCAACCCCAAAGAUGUCAUUUUGUCGUAUUUCAACUUCAUAGGGAAGAACCCCGCUCUACCUUUAACCUUGGACAAGGCAAUCAAGAACUUGGUGUCUGGCGAAAUGCACUGGGGUCCUUGGCCAGAACAUGUACGCCGAUUCUGGGAUCAUAGAGACCAUGAUAAUGUAAAUUUUGUUUUCUACGAGGAUCUGAAGAAGGAACCGGCAAAGUACAUUCAGAAAAUCGCAUCUGGUAUCGGUCGCCCUCUAUUGGAGGACGUCCUACGUCGGGUUGUUAAAUUCAGCCAUAUUGACGCACAGAAAGAAACCUUCAAGAAAAUGGCGGAAAGCGGGAAAGAAAAUCUUGUGAAAGGAGCCGGCGAGUACUCUUUCAUUAACAAAGGAAUAAGUGGUCGCUGGAAAACCCACUUCACCGUGGCACAGAACGAAGCUUUUGAUGAAUGGUAUAAAAACAAGAUGACAGACACCGAUCUCAAGUUUGCAUUUGAGUAACCGAAACUCAUUCAAAUCUGUUUUGUAGAUACCAAUGAAUCAUUUCCUUAUUAAAGGAAUUAACUCUACUUAAUCUGAGGGAUUUAUUGUAUAUUUGCCAAUUAAUAUACAAGAUUCCCCACCAAAAUGUAUGAGAGAGGUAUAAACCAAGAAUGAUGCACAGUUUCUCAGCACGACUUGAAUCACCGUUUUCUUUAUACGUUAGGUUUCCUUUGAUUACAUAAUUCAUGCAUUGUGUGCAACGGGUUUUAGUGUACUGAUGUUUGAUAACUCUAGACUUGAUUCAGUUUCGACCUCAAAAUUGCCUUAGAAUUUAGAAAUACAUUAUAUUUUUUAUCAUUCAAUGUUAAACUCGUAAUAAUAUAUUUGUUUGUAGUAUUAUGAGUGUAUAUUUGAACUGCGCCCCCUCCCCCGAUAAUAAAGUACGUAGAAAAGGAGACUGUAGAGGGAUAGAGAUAAAAGGGAACACGGAAUGUGGGUAUUUGGAAGAUCACAUCACUAAAUUUGAAGACUCUACCGUUUUACCUAUUUGAGCCACAUAGCUAGAGUCCAGUGUCAUCUCCCUGCCUCAUAUGACAGGAAUCGCGCUACGUCUCCUUGUUGGUUAGGAUGUCCGUUGGUUGUGGUGUGAGUGUGUUUGUGUUUUAGUAAAAAGUCUCACAUCUGUCGUUAAAGGAAAAUGUUCGAUAAAUGUUUUAUUCAAAAAAAUAUAUAAUUGAUGUUUCCCUAAUGUAUGUAAUUUAUAACAAAUAUAUUUUUGAAAUAAUCAAACCCGAUGUUUACUGAAACACUGGCUAAAUCAAAAGGUGAUGAUAAAUGUAUCUCGAGGAUUUAUCAUCACGUGCAUUGAACAAUGCACGUUCUAUUUCUCCCCCUUCUCUCUCUCCCUCUAUCUCUCGCUCUCUCUCCCUCCAACUCUCUCUCUAACUCUCUCUCUCUCUCACACACAUACACACACACACACACACAUUCCCCCUCUCUCUAAUUCUCGCACUCAUUAUAAAUGUAUCUAUAAACUCUCUCUCUCUAUAACUCCCUCCUCUCUCUCUCUCAGCUAAAAUCGAUUUAAUAUUGAUUGCUCUGCAUUAUCAGUCAAAGUUAAAUGUAUAAAGUAUAAGUAUUAUUGUGCGAACCUACAUCUAACAAGCUUUGCUUUAAAGUAGGUUCGUUUUUCCAUUUCUUGUAAUUAAAUCAUUUUGCAUUACAAUGACUAUAAAACAAUGUCAAAGAUAUUUCAA